UCCUGUACGGAGCCCCCGUCUAGAAAUGCAGUUUUUGCAGUUCGACCCCUCAAACUCCCCCGCGUCCCGCAAUGCCGCCCCUCCCCGCCUCCGCCACGGCCACCCGCUUCGCCUCCCAGUGGGUCGCCGACGCCCUCGCCGGCGACGAGGCCCUUGAUUUCUCCGUCCUCAAGGCGCUCGUGGGCGCCUCGUCGGAGUCCCUCGCGGGCGCCCCGGAGGCCACGCGGGAGCGGGUCGCACUCCGGUGCCUGGAGGAGGUGUCGGCCGUGAUAGCUGCUGGGGGUGAUGCCGCGGCGACGGCGAAGGUGCUUAGGGCUGAUGGCGCACGGACCUGCGAGGAUUUGCUGCUUCAUCUUAUCGGAGAGGUUGGAAGUUCUGGAAACUUGGAGAAGGAUUUGCUUGUGCCUUUCAGUCAAGAAAUCCAGAACAUUAUUCGCAUCAAGAAACCUACAUUACCAGAAACUUCUUUUGAGUUGCUAAAAGAAGUUGACCCAGAGAUCACGUCUAUGGCCCCACCAUCCCAACUGAAGCAGAAUGGCACCACCCAACUUGACAAUGAUCAAUCCCUGUGCAGCAGCCAUGAUCAUGUAAAUAUAGAGAAAACUAAGCUCCCUACAGACAGUGGGGAGCUUCAGCAAGAGGCCCUGGUAAAUUCAGUGGAUGAAUCAGGCACAAGAAGUAUGGAAAAGGAUUCAGUCGCACCAACUUCUGUUCUUCACCAACCAUGUACAUCAGACAGUAAGCGUUAUGAUCCUCCACAAGAAGAUUCUAUAGGUGCUGCUAGUUUGGGUGCCAAGUCUCCAGAGAGUAGUCCUAUUGUGGAGGGGAACAUUUCAGUUGGAACUGUGCCUGCUUCGGCUAGCUGUGAUGCAGCUUUGCAGGGAAGCAUUACUGAACCAUUGUCCAAGCAUGUUACGAAGGAUCAUACUACCAUGAAUCAACCACAAUCUCAUAGAGAAAUAUCUCCAAGUCCACCUCACUAUAUCGAUGGUGAGAGACCGCAUGAUGGUAGCACCAGCGAUCUGCCAUCGAAGGAUCCCAGGCAUGAAGAGUUGUCCUUGAAUACUACAGUAAAUCCAGAUAUUGACAGAACCGGUGAUGAUUUACCCACAAAUGCAUCUGAACCUGAGUUCAUUACUGAACAGAAUACAACCAAUAUUUCAGAACCUCACAGCAGUGGAACUCAUUUGAGUGCUCUGCAGCAUGAAAGUGGUGAGAAAGUAAAUCAAGAUCUGGAUGAUGUCAGUGCAAGUAUUCAGCCAGUGGAAAAGGACCAUGUUAAUGAGGAGCUGAGUCUGCAAGCUGCUAGUGUUUUACCUUCUAUAAGCUGCAAUGGUGCUAUUCAAGGUGGGAAAUCCGAAACUAACCAUCAGCCAGGGAAUGCUACAGAGCAUGCUAUGGUGUUUGAACAACAGAGUGUUGACAAGUCUCAUCUAGAAGUUAGUAGUAUCAACAAGGUUAAUCAAGCUCUACAUGAUGGCAGCAUCCAGGAAAAUAAUGCGGUCAAUGAUGGGACGAAUGCACAGACUUCCCCAAUGUCUCAAGCCUGCAAUAUAACCUUGCAUGAUAAAAUUUCAGAAGCCAAAUAUUUAUCUGAGGAGAAUACUGGAAAGAACAGAACUGACGGUCAAAAAUGUGGUUAUAGUGCUUCUGUUCCAAGCUCUGCUCAGGAUGGAUACGGAAAAAGUGCAGCGAAGAUAUUGAACAAGGAAAAUUUUGGGGAUACCUCUGUAGAAACAUCUGUCCCUUCCUCAGAUGACAGUUUACAUGGGACUGCUGCUGCUGGUCUUCUGGUGAUGACUGACAAAAUGCCUUUCUGUACCAAGGAUCAAGACAUUAAUGAUUCUCUUGGGGACUUGUCUCAACAAGAUCUGUGCGUGAAGUGUGGUAAAGAUGGUCAGUUGCUGAAAUGCAGCAGUUGUUUGCUAACUGCUCAUGACAGCUGUUUUGGUUCAUCAGCAACAUUUGAAGAGACCGGCCUGUUCUACUGCCCAGUAUGCUUCUAUACAAAAGCCACUGAAGCAUAUCAAAAAGCUAAGAAAACAUAUUGUGAAGCUAGGAAAAACCUUUCUGCUUUCCUUGGCACGACACCUUUGGUCAAGCAACAUCAUGAGCAACCAACUGUAGUUCUGCCAGGAGCUACCAACAGAGAGGGACAUUCAAACAGGUGUGACUUGUCAAAAAGGAAAAAUAUCCAUCAAAAUGAAGCAGAUAACCUUGCUCAUCGGGAUGAAGAGCCUCAUCGACAGAGGAAGAAGCAGAAAAUAAAUGCUACAGGUAAUGGUUAUCCUGAGCAGAUAGUCACUGAGAAGUUUCCUUUGCCAAAUUCUGAUGUUGCACCCAUGAAUAAACAUACCAUUCUCAAGAAUAAUAGUUGCAAGCGAGUUCAGGGUACAGAGAAACAGCAGCAGGUGGAAAACAAAGAAGCUCGCAAAGAAGCUGGUAAUGACAAUUCAUCCCAUGAAAUAAGAACUUCAUCUCAGAAAAAAAUUGGUCCUGAAAAUCAGGAAGUUGAGUCUGACAAGGAGGAUGAUCCUGCAAAUUCUCACCAACCUGAUGAUUCUGAUGAAUUAGAAGCUACAUCUUCAAAUGGCACUGGCAAUAGAUCGUCACCCCCUUGGCGUAACAUGAGACACAACAAAGCAAGAUUACAUGAAAAGGAGGCAGUGGCAUCUAGUAACUCUAGAAAAACUGCACAGAGGGAGCAACACAUGCCUUCUUUGUCAAGACCAAAAAAUUAUGCAUAUCCACAGAAGCGAUACUCCAAUCCUGUUGCACCAAGCGGAAGGCGCACAAAGCUCUGUUGGACGGAAGAAGAAGAAGCAGUUCUGAAGGAAGCAAUGGCAAAAUUCACCCCACAGGAUGACACGCCAAUUCCCUGGGUUCAGAUACUAGAAUACGGCAGGGAUGUGUUCCACAGGACGCGCCUCCCAUCUGACUUGAGAGUCAAGUGGAGGAACAUGAAGAAGAGGGCGGGCUGUUGAUUGUGGCAAUCUCACAUAUAAUGCAGCCAUUGUGUGGCUACUGACCCUAUCUUUGUCUCUUUGAGCCCAUCCGUUGCCAUAGCUAUGGAACAGUGUAGUAAAUACUGUGGGUGCUAACUCCUCACUGCGACUAGGAAUUGAGAGUUUCUACUGACAACAAUGUUGGUACCUGGUAAGAGUGGCAAUACGUAGCAUGAAUUAUGUGUCAAAUUCCUGUGUUGUGGAGCACUCUUGGUGGCAGGUUAUUGUAGAAAGAAAGAAGUUGUUUAUCCUUGUCUGAAGAGCUCAAGGGGCACCCUGGAAAAUACAGUGUGCGCUGCCUCUCUGCCCUUUGAAUAGAAUCCUACUACACUUGAUGUAUA